AUGACCGCGGCCGGCGACGGGCCGGACGCCGGCGCCGAGCCGGCGCAUCGGAGACCCCGGUCGCCGCCACCGCCGCCACCGCCGGCGCCGGCCUGCACGACGCCGGCGGCGCCCCCCCGGGCGCGGCCCAGCCGGCCGGCGCCUCCCCCCCCGGCCCAGCCGGCCGGCGCCCCAUCUCCCCUCCUGGCCCGCGAGGAGGACCUCUUCUCGGAAUGGGCCCCGCCGACGGCCGGCCCGGCGGCGGCCCCCGGGUCGGCGGCCGGCGCUCCCCCCUCGGCGGCCGACGACUUCGUCCUGCUGCAGCUCCUCGGGUCCGGGUCCUCCGGGCACGUCUUCCGGGCUCUGCACCGGCCCUCCUCCUGCCUGGUGGCCGUCAAGCUCGUGGGCAUGGACUCCUUCUCGGACCCGGGCUCUUCCCUCCCGGCGGCCGGCCUGCCCCCGGCCUACUCGCUGCCGGUGGACUCCAUCGGCGGCUUCUCCGACGUCCUGCGCGAGGUGGCCAUCCACCGCAUGCUCAACCUCCCGCAGGUGGUCCGUCUCCUGGGGGCCUAUACCAUCUCCGGCCCGGUGGCCUUUUGUACGGACUUCCCCGGCGUGGCCGGCUGCUAUGACCGGCCGCUUGCCGUGGAGUACCGCUCGGUCGGCGUGUGUGUCAUGCUGGUCAUGGAGGAUCUCUCCUGCUCCGCGCAAGACCUGCUCUCGGCCGGUGGUCCGCUCAAGGAAAGCGACAUCGCCGCCAUCCUACGCGAGACAGUCAUCGCCCUCGACUACCUCCACAGCAACCAGAUCAUCCAUCGCGACGUCAAGGCCUCCAACAUCCUCCUCUCGGCCGACGGCGCCGUCAAGCUGGCGGACUUCGGCGUGUCGGUGGACCUGGCCGCCUCCGGAGCGCCGCCCCCCGAGGCGGUCCCCAACACCGGGGCGGCGUCGGCCCCGGCGGCCGUGCGCCGCCACCGCCGCCGCGCCGGCUCCUUCGUCGGCACCCCCUACUGGAUGUCGCCCGAGGUGGCCCGGCUCAAGUCCUCGCCCGGCACCUACAGCGAAGCAGGCGGCGUGACGGCCGCCGUGUCGGCCGCCGGGCCGCACCACCACCCCGGGCCCGGGGCCGUCGGGUCGCCGGUCCCCGGGGCCGGGGCCAUCGGGUCCCCGGCCGCCGGGCCCGGGGGCGUCCCGCCCUCGGCCGCCGCGCACCUGGCCGCCGACAUGCACCACCCCUUCGCCGGGCCGGGCUCCAUGGGGCUGGGCCCGAUGGCCGCCGGCCCGAUGGGCCCCGGCAGCGGCGACCCCGCCGACCGGGUCUUCUCCGACCGGUCGCUCGAUCUCCCGGCGCAGGCCCUCUCGCCGGCGGUGCGGCUGUCGCGCACCUUCCGCUCCUUCGUGGCCGCCUGCCUGGUCUACCAGUCGGAAUGGCGCCCCUCCAUGCGCGCGCUCCUCUCGCAUCCCUUCCUGAAGCGGGGCCGCCUGCUCGGGCGUUCCAGCCGGCCGCCGCACCCGGUCCCAGCGGACUUGGCGCACCAUGCGCCGGCCUUCGGGGCCUCGCUGUCCCGGCCGCCGGCCGGGGUCACCCCCCUGGCCAUGGAGCCCCUCUUUUCCGUGCCCUCCGGCAAGCUCGGCCGUCUGGUGCAGCUGCUGGCCCGGCCGGGCCACUCGCUGGCCCUCGGGGAGAGCGCCGCGGCGGCUGCCCGGCCACCGGCCCCGGCGCCCCUGCCGGCCGGCGGCGCCCCUCCACCGGCCGGCCAGGCCGGCGCGGGCCUUCCCCCUGCCGGCGCGGCGCCCUCGCUGGCCAGCGCCUCCACCUCGGCCAUGAGCAUCAUCUCCGAACGCGAGGAGGAGGAGGAGGAGCAGGAGGAUGCCCCCAAGGCGGCGGCCCCGGCCGUCGAGGCCCCGGCCCCCGAGCAGGCCCCCCGGUCCGCCGCCAAUCUCACCAUCCGCUCGACCCUCCUGGAGUCCCCGCCGCCGGGCCUCGCCGACACCGGCCCCAAUGGCGAUGCCACCCCAUCCGCCGGGCACGGCCUGGCCGAUGGCCCGCCCCUGUCCAUGGCAUCCAGCCCCCUGGCCCUCUCAUCGCCGGCUCUCAUGAUCACCAGCACCGCCGCCGGGGCCGGGGCCGCCUCGGCCGUCGAUGAGCGGCCCCCCUCGCCCUCGCCCCUGGGCCCGGCCCCGGCCUUCGAUGAUGCCCUCGCCGGGGGGAUACCUCCUCCCUGCGGGGCGGCUGCCGAUGCCCCGGGCCCGGCCGAGGCCGAUGCAUGCCCCGGGGCCGGGCCCCCGCCAGGGGCCGACGUCGGCCCCGGCGGCCCGGGCGCGGGCCUCCUGUCCCCGGCGGCCUCGCUCCCGGGGUUCAGCCUGCUGGCCGACUCGCCGGAGCUCCUGCUCACGGUCGCCCACGAGCUGGCCACCAGCCAGCACGACGGGGGGCCGGCCCACCUGCUGCCCCGCCGGCAUCAUGCCCCCCCGCCGAGCUUCUAUCCCGGCACCUUCCCCUUCGACCAUGGGCGGGGCCCGGCCGGGGGCCCGGGGCCCGGCGGCAGUCGCCGCCCCCGCGACGGCCCGCCGGCCGCCACGAUGGCUCGCCCGCUGGCGGCCGGGCGGCCGUCGGCCACGGCCGGCGACAUCCCCGGCCUGUCGGCCGCCCCGGCGGCAGGGGUGUCCACCAGCCGGGCCCUCUCCUUCGACCUGUGGAUGCAGGCCCUCCGGCCGGCCCUCCGGCGUCUGAAGGAGACCGUCAGCUCGCCGCACCUGAUGUCCGUCAAUGCCAUCUACUCGCUCUUCGAGGAGAUCUCCCUCCGCGACCCGACCAUCAUCGGGGCCCUGGUGGAGCUGGUCUUCACGGCGGUCGUCUCGUCGGAGGGCCUGCUGGCGGCCCUGUGGUCGGUGGUGCCGGCCGUCGGGGGGCAUGCGCCGGCCGCCGGCGGCCCCGCCGCCGGCCCCGGGCCCCGGGCCCCGGUCCCGGCAUCCAGCUCCUUCCCCGAGGCGCUGCUCACCGCGCAGCACAUGCACCCGGCCCGGGGCCCGGCCCCCCCCGGCGGUGCCGCAUCCCACGGCCCGCACCAGUUCCACACCUAUGCCUCGGCCAAGGACGCGCGGUCGACUUUCGGGGCUCGCAGCGGCGGCGGCGGCGGCGGCGGCGGCGCCGGGCGCGCCUUCCUGCGCGCCCCGCACGCCAUCCCGGCCGGGCCGCGGACCCCGCAGACUCCCCCCCAUGGCCGCCACCCGCACCCGCACCCGUACCACCUGCAGCCGCCGCCGCACUCUCCCUACGCGGUUCACCACCACCCGCACCACCAUCCCCACCCGCACCACCCGCACCACCCGCACCACCCGCACCACCUGCACCACCCGCACCACCCGCAUGCUCUGCAGUCGUCGCCCAUGCACUCGCACCUCGGCGGACCGGCCGGGCCCGGGGCCGGCGCGGGGGCCGGGGCUGCCGCCGCCGGGCGCCACGCCGCCGGCCCGGCCCCCGGCCAGACAUCCCCCCACCAGUUUGCCCACGUCUACCGCCGGCGCCAGCAGUCCCUGACGUCCUCUUCGCCCUGGCUGGCCGCCGGGGCCGGGUCUUCCGGCGGGUCUUCCUCCUCGCCGGUGUCCGCGGGCGGGGUGUCCCCGUCGCUGGUGUUGCCGGGCCCGGCCGCGGCCGCGGCCGUCGCCGGGUCCGGCUACAACAUGGCCCGGCGCAGUUCGGCCGGGCCCUUCCCGCCGGGGCUCAAUCCGUCGGUGACCGCCGCCCUCGGCGGCCUGGCGGGCGGCCACGGCCCGGGGGUGCCGCCCCUGGCGGCCUCGGUCAGCGCCUCGGCCUCGCUGUCGUCGCUGUCGUCGCUGGGGCCGGCCGGCGGCGGCGGCGGCCUCCCCUCCGACAGCCUGCCCCCCCCGGGGCCCGGCCAGCCGGCCGUCCGGUACUGCGGGACCUGGUCGGCUCCGAGCUCGGCGUCCCCCUCGGGGCUGGCCCCGCCGCCGAAUGCCGCGGCCCCUGGCCCCGGGCCGGCGAUGGUCGGGUGUUUCCCGGGCCCGGGCCCGGGCCCGGGCCCCGGGGCCUGGUCGCGGUCCUGGUCCACGCCGACCCCCUCGCCCUCGGCCUCCAGCUGGCGCCUGGCUCCCUCCCCGAUGGCCGGGACCACCGGGGCGGAUGGGGCCCCCUCGGCCGGCACCCCGCCCGGGGUCGUGGUCCCGGGGCUGUCGACGUCCGAUUUGAUCGGCGGGCCCUCGUCGCCCAAGCCCCCGGCCGGGCCGACCACGCCGCCCUCGCCCUCGCGCUCGGCCGACCUGGGCUCCCACUGGCCGGCGGCCGGCAGCCUCGCCGGCGCCCCCUCGGCCGCGGGGCUGAUCCCCGGGCUGGCGGCCGGGCCACAUCCCGCCGGUGCGGGCUUCCACCCCGGUGUCGGCGGGGGCGGCGGGGGCGGCGGCCUGGGGCCUCCCUCCCCGCGGUCGUCCCUCGCCGCCGAUGCGGCGCCCUUCUUUUCGUCGCACCGGCCGCGGCCGCACUCCAUCUCCCUGCUGCCGUCGACCACUCCCCCUCACAUCAUCCCCUCGGCCGCGCACUUCGCCGGCGGAUACUCCCCCUCGGCCACGGUCGCACCGCCCCCGGUCCCGGGCAUGGAAUGGCACUCGUCUGUGGCGCGCGUGCGCUCCGCCUCGCAGUCCGAGUCGCUGGAGUAUGGCACCCCGACCACCGGGCGUGCCGGGCCGGCCCCCGGGCCGCGGUUCCUCACCCUCCGCCGCGAGACGGCCGGUGGCCCGGGCACCGCCUCUUCGUUGGCCUCGUCGCCGCCCUUCCUGCCCCAAAUCUCGCCCCGUGGCGGCUUGCUGCCGGGCAAUUCACCCCGAUCGCGACCGAUUUCGGUGGCCAGCGGCCUGCGCCCCGGCACCGCCACCUCGCCGAGCUCCUCCUCGCCUGGUGGUGCCGCGGCCGGCGGGACCCCCACCCUCGGAGCCGGGCGCUUCAGUUCCCUCUACCGGCCGCGUAGCGUGGAUCCGGUGGGCGGCGAGCCGCUGGCCGGCCCGUUGCCCACAUCGGCCUCGGCCUCGGCCAUCGUCAAUGUCGCGGCCCCGGUCCCCACGGCGUGGCCCCCGCCGCCGGCUUCCGCCGCCGCCGCCGCCGCCGCCGCCGGCACGCUCAUCACCUGCGACGAUGUCGACCAGGCCGACAGUCAUGCGGCCGCGCCGCCGGUCGCCGGUCCUCCGACCAUGGCCGAUACGGGUCCGGAUGCCGGCGCCGCCACCCCCCCGGCGGCGCACCCCCGGCGCCAGGCCAACGCCUCGCUCACGCGCGUGGCCAAGCCCCCCCCGCCGCUGAAGAUCUUCCCCGGCGACUUCGCCAUGGGCCUGCCCCGGUCGCUUUCGUCGCCCGGUCACGAUGACAGCCCCUCGCCCAUCCCGCCCCCGGGGUCGUCGACCGCCUCCCCGCGCGCCGGGCCACCGGCGGGCCCUCCCCCCUGUGCAUUCUGCGAGAGUGUGCGCCUGGCCGGCGCCAGCACCACCCCGGCCGGGUGCGUGGCUUGUGCCGGGGCCGGCCCGGGCCGCGAUGCGCCGGCCGCCCCGGCCGCCGCCGACCCGUCGGCCUCCACGGCCCCGGUCCGCCACUACUCCCACCCCCACCACCUGCAGCCGCUCUUCCCGCACUCCUUCCAGGCGCCGGGGCCCGCCGGCGGCACGACCACCUGCCGCGAUGUGAUGGACUUCCCCCCCGGCGCCGGCGCGGUUGCCAUCUCGCCGCUGGUCACCUCGCACCCGCACAACGCCCACCUCCAGCUUCACACCCGCGCGACGACGGCCCUCCGCCCGCCGCCGCCGGCCCACCCGAGGACAUAG